AUGCCCAAUUACACGGAAGAACACGUCAAAAACGCGGAAAAUGACGUUCUGCACGGUAAAUCGAUCCGGAAGGCCUCGGCGGACUGGGGAAUACCCUACGCGACGCUAUCUGGCCGGUUAAAAGGUGCCACGACCGUCAGGAAGUCGAAGGAAGAUUACCAGAGGCUCAGUAAAUACCAGGAGAAGUCCUUAGCUCAUUGGGCAAUUAUCCAAGGCCAACUAGGAUUCGCCCCGAGCCAUGCUCAAGUCAGAGAGUUCGCUACUCGUAUCCUCCGGCAAGGUGGCGACCACCGCCCACUCGGCAAGAAGUGGUUAGAAGGGUUCUUACGCCGGAAUCCUGCUCUUAAGACGCUGAGGGCUCGAUCUAUGGAUUCUAAGCGCGUUAAGUCGGUUACUAUUGAUAUUGUGAAAGCUUUUUAG